AUGGCUCCUUACAAAUAUAAUCAGCUAGGAAGAGAAAAUGAAGAGAUUAGACUGUUGAGUCUAACGCCAGGCGCACGAGAUGACGAUAUCUCCAUGCGCAUUUUUCACGUACCCCUAGUCAUUCCACCGAGAGAGAAUAGUGAAAUCAAGAGACUUUCACUUGAACAACUGCAAAGAACUCUUCAAGGUGAUAUGUAUGCUAUGAAAACAAUCGAUGGACGAUACAUCUUUAAACACCGAAACGGAAAUUCAAAUUCGUGGGACCAUCCAGAUCCAAAUUUUGAUCGUGCUCUUUACGAUUUGCCGAAACACGGCAACUUUCCGGAAAAUAAACCUAAAUAUGAAGCUCUUUCAUAUAUCUGGGGGUCUACCGAGAAUCCAAUCACAGCACAUGUGUUGGGCGAAACUUUGUCAACGAUACAAAUCGGGGCUUCUCUUGCUGUUGCACUUAGACAACUAAGGUACACGGAUAAGCCGCGAACAUUAUGGGUAGACUCUAUUUGUAUCAAUCAAAAUGAUGUUCCCGAGCGAAGUCACGAAAUUGGACGCAUGAGAAAUAUCUUCUCAUUUGCGGAUCGAACCAUCAUCUGGCUUGGCGAAGAAGCUGACGAUAGUAGAAGCGCUUUAGCUACUAUUGAGCAUUUCGCCGAACAGGUCGAGUACAUAGGAGGAGGAUUAGUUGCAUAUACUCCUGGAACCAAGUUAUUAGAAUGGAGGCACUCAAACUUCCAUCUGCCAUAUGACACCAAAACAUGGUCAUCCAUAAGAGCUCUCUUCCGGAGGCCUUGGUUUAGUCGAGUCUGGGUUUUACAGGAAGCUUUACUUGGCGAUCAGGGAUCGUCGGUACAGUGCGGUAAUACUUCUAUUCCUUUCACUGCUCUUAGAAAAGCAAUGUUGGUACUCGGAAGAAAGGUUACGACACCAAGCGACAUACGUUCUCAAUUAUUGUCAUACUCGCCAGGCGUCCUGCCAGAUUUUAUGAGAGAGUUACCCGAGCUUCUGAGAUGGGCUAAGCAUCGCAACUGCAGCGACCCCCGUGACAAAAUAUAUGGAGUGUUGGGUUUAGUGUCGCCUUCGAUUGCCGACGGAAUAACGUGCGACUAUUCUAUUCCUGUGGCAGAAGUGUAUAAGAGUGCGGUACUAAGUCAUGUCACUGUCACAAAGAGGCUACAUCUACUUCAGCACUGUCAGUUGAUCCAAAGAUUUGAAGACGGGCCAUCAUGGGUUCCAAAUUGGUCUUUCGAAGAUAAGAGUAUAAUGAUAGGCAUUGUCCUGGGAAGAUAUGCAGCAAGCUCUUCUUCUGCUGUGACACUGUAUCAAGCGCCGAAUACUUUGGAAGUCAGCGGUGUUUUUUCCACAAGAGUGACUUCAAUUAACACUAAAUGUUCAGGUGAUGCAAGGGAAACUUUCCAAGCAAUCCGUAGAUGGGAACCUGAGGGUCUCAACUCCAGAGACUAUAUCGCCGGCGGCUCUUUGAUCGAUGCAUUCCUCGAAACUAUCUAUCAAGGGCGUACUAAGGAAAGAUAUCCUGGACUUCGUAUUCCACAUUCCUGGGAGCUCCGCCGAAGCUAUUUAAAAGCUGUUGAUAAAGAUAAUAAAGACCAAGAUGCGAUACUAAAUUAUGUUUAUGGAUUGAACUUUGGUCCCACGGCAUUCAUAACAACAGAAGAAGGAUAUAUGGGGAUAGGACCACAUGGAGUUGAGGAAGGUGACUAUGUGUGUGUACUAUUGGGAACCGAACUUCCGAUGAUCCUACGCCCAACACCAUCUGGAGACUUUCUGAUUGUAGGAUCCUACUUUAUUCAUGGUUUAAUGGAUGGAGAAGCUCUACUUGGUCCUAUACCGAGUCCAUGGAAAAUCGAACUAUACCGAAGGAAAGAUUCAGGAUACUCAACUCACUUUGUCAAACCGAACGAAAAAACGCUUGAUGAUCCACGUCUCCCCCUCUACCUUCUGAAUGGAGAUGACGGUCCGUGGCCUAUCGGCAAAUCCUUCUUCAAAAAUGUUGUGACAGGCGAGACGAUGGAUUCUGAUCCUAGGAUGCUUCCACAGGCAUUGAUGAAAGGAGGUGUAAAACUGCAGAAAUUCAGGCUCAUAUAA